UCAAGAUCAGUCUGGUAUACCAAACUAAUACUUAAAUCCAGUAAAUAUUACCAGGAAGGAGAGGGGGUUUGUUGACGUCUUUUUCGUUGCUUCCAUAUGACAGGUUAAUAGGUUUUCUUUUUUGAGUUCUUGGCAAUGUUUCCCAGUCCCAGCUCGUCCACUCCCUUCUCUGUAAAGGACAUAUUAAACUUGGAGCUGAGUCAUGACGUUAUGGUGUCUUCUUUGGACGUUUCUUCACGUAUGGACUGCUGCACCGUGCCGACCUCCUCCUCCUCCUCCUCCUCGUCGUCCUCCUCCUCGUCCUCCUGCAUGCUGGCCCGCCUGAAGCAGGAGCCUCUCCGGGAUAUGUCGUCCGCCGCCGCCGCCUCGCUGUUUGGAGAAGACCUCCACGAGUCCAGGGCAGUCAGAGGCAAUGCGCUCAGCUUUGCUACCAGCUUUUAUGGGAAAUCCCUCUUAGGGAUGGAAAUAGUUAAGGAUGGGAAAUCAGACACGUUUGAGGGGAAACGCAGAAAAGAGGAGUUCAGUCCCCCUGUCGAGCCGUCGGACGACAUGAAAACCGAGGAUCCGGACCGACCCAAGCCCCGUAGACGCAGAAAGCCGCGGGUCCUCUUCUCCCAGGCGCAGGUGUACGAGCUGGAGCGCCGCUUCAAGCAGCAGAGGUACCUGUCCGCCCCUGAGAGAGACCACCUGGCCGGGGUGCUCAAACUCACCCCGACCCAGGUGAAGAUCUGGUUCCAGAACAGGAGGUACAAGUGCAAACGGCAGAGGCAGGACCAGAGCCUGGAGAUGGUGUCUCUGCCGCCGCCCAGGAGGGUGUCGGUGCCGGUGCUAGUGCGGGAUGGGAAGCCUUGCCUGGCGGCAGACACGGCCACCUACAACCCCUCCUACAGUAUGGGUCACAUCAACCAUUUCACUUACAACAACUAUCCAGCUUUCAGUAACUACACCAACCCCGGCUGCAACACAAACUAUGCGUGUAAUUAUCCUGCAGCCACAAUGCAAACUAUGCAAGGAUCCUCCAACAACGGGAAUUACAUGAACUUUGGGGUAGGAGACCUGAAUAAUGUGCAGAGCACGUUCUCCUCCAGUAAUGGGGUGUCCUCAUUACACGGCAUUAGGACAUGGUGAAGGGACACAAUGUCAAAUACAAACUAAAUGUUAACUACUCAGUUUAACGGGAUUAUUUUCUGACUGCAUGCAUUUUUAACCGUGUCCAGAUAUUGCGGAUUUAAGUAUCUUCUCUUAUAUUUAAUAACUGACUUUUGGUAGGUUUUCGUUUUUGGUUUCAGCACCAUUUUAUUUUAUUUUAUUUUAUUUUAUUUUUUGUCUAAAUGGCUACAUUUUCAUUUAUUUUCUUGACAUCAGCGCACAGACAUUUAAUAAGAGCGAAAAAGUUGCAACUAAAUAAAAAUUUAAAAAAGGUAUUUAAAGGUUUUGUUAAGGUUUAAAUUUGCCCCACCAAUAUGUAUACAUAUAUAUUUUUUGCUUUAUGUCUAUACAAAAUCAAACAGUAUGUAGUGAACGAUGUAAAAUACAACAUAACUGUCGCAAUUUAGGCUAUGGAAAAUUAUAAAUUCAAUAUAGUCCAUUACUAUUAAUAUUAUCAUCAUCAUCAUCAUCAUCAUUAUUAUUAUUAUUAUUAUUAUCAUUUCUUCUGUCCUGCAAAACUUUCAUUUCUUAUUACCUACAUUGAAACUGUUAAUUCCUAAAUCAUUAAAAAAAAAAAUACACUGAGAAAAACAGCAAUAUUAGAAAACCAUUAAACCUGGAGUAUAUAAAUAGAAUGAACAUUAAUUAUGACAAUAUAUAAUCAACGCCUCUGGGUCUCUUAAUGGCUGAGUUGGCUAUAGAUCCAUAUAAAGGAGCCUAACAUCUGUAAAACCUUCAUAUGGUUUGUGUCUGGUUAAAAUGUUCAAGUGGCUGUUAGGAAGCUUCCUUCAAUAUGCUCAAAUGGGGUUAAAAGGUUGUUAAAAGUUUACACUUUCUUUACAACCCGCUGUCAGCGACAUGUACACUCUACAUGUGUUUAAAAGUUACUGGGACAGAGACGGCUGUGAGCCAUGACCUUGACUUGUAUUCAGUGUUUAAAAUCAGGUUCUAAUAAAGAAAUGCUGUUACUAAUUCUACGGCAUUUAAAAAUUCUCACUUAAGUGAAUUGAAUUGUAGGUAUGAGCAUUUAUUUUUGGACA